GUAACUGCACCAAUCUGAAUUGCACCAAGACUACACAGGACUCAUACAACAUCUCAGAGAAGUCUGUUAACUUCCUCAAAGGCCUGCUGGUCACACGCAUCAUGCCCUCAUUAUACAUCAUCAUCCUCCUCAUUAGUCUGCCCCUGAACGCAUUGGCCUUGGUGACUUUCACCUGUAGGAUUCGAGAGAAGAAACCAGCUGUGAUCUACAUGUCUCACCUGGCGUGUGUGGAUCUGCUCUUCACCCUGCUGCUGCCUCUGAAGAUCCACUACCAGCUGAACGCUUCUGAUUGGGUGUUCGGUGAGGCGGCGUGUCGCGUGCUCACUGCAGCUUACUACUGCUACAUGUACUGCUCCAUACUGCUGAUGAUGUGCACGAGUUUGGACCGGCUGCUGGCCGUGGCGUUUCCCAUCGCCUCUCUGACCUGGAGGAGCGCAAGGAAAGCCACAUGCAUAUGUGUGCUGGUCUGGCUGCUGACGCUCGCUGGUACUGUGCCGCUUCUCUCCAUAACACAAACAUUUAAGAUAAAGGAUGUGGGCAUCACCUGCCACGAUGUGCUGUAUCAAAAAGAGCUGUAUGUGUACUUGUUCUCCAUCCUCUCCUGCAUCUACUUCUUCCUGCCACUGGUCGUCACCUUAGUGAGUUACUCUACCAUCAUAUACGUGCUCACUAACAAGCCUGAUCACUUGGCAACAUCAUCUUCAGGCAUGGAAAGGAGAGCUGUGAUUAUGGCUAUAGCUGUGCUGAGUGUGUUUGUAAUGUGCUUUGCACCAACCAAUGGCAUCUUGUUUUAUCACUGUGUUAGUUUAGUCACUGGAGGCAGCACUGAGGAGGGGAAAUAUUACGUGAUUGCUGUGUGUUUGGGGAGUGCGAGUGUUUUUCUGGAUCCUCUUCUCUACUACUAUGGCUCAUCUCAAUGCAGAGAGAAGAUCAUCUCUCUGAUCUGGUGGAGGAAGACUAAAAGCACAACCACACUAUCAAACGCAUAAAGUCAAAUAAAAUCCUCUAACUUGAGCUGCGAGUGCACUCAGGCUCACAUUCAGGUGUGAGCUGAUGGUGAUUUUUAUGCUAAUUGCAAUUAGCAU